UAAAAGGGAAUGCGCUGAGAUUGUCCAUACUUACCCUAAUCACACAAAAUUCUGAAAAAUGACAACGGUGCGGCUUCAUCUGCGUCGAAUUAUGUGCAAUUCUAGUCGAGCACAAACUGCUCAGCAUACUGAAGAAGAAAGGAAACGAACCAUCAUUUCAUUGCAAGGUGGCAAAUCGUUUGGUCGAGCUACAACCAACGAUGUGAUUUUUCUUGAUGGAACGGAACAUGUCGAAUUGGAACCACAAUUCAUAUCUCGGUGCCACGCGCGCGUUCAUCAUACGAAUCAAGACGGUGUUGAGGAGUAUCUUGUUGAGGAUAUAUCAGAAAACGGAACGUAUAUCAACGAUCGACGUUUAUCGAAAGACAAACGAGAGAUUCUAAAAAGUGGCGAUACUAUCAAAUUUGGUCAUAAAAACGGAUCUCAACACGUUGCUGAUCAAAAAUACGACCAUCCAGACGCGGAUUUUGCAUUUUGUGUGGAAAUGUCCACUGCUGGAGAGCCUGCUUAUCAACUUGUUGAACAGAUCAGAGACUCGAGAGUGAAGGUAUUCGCCGGAACAGCUUGUGCGAAAGAUAUUGGUCCACGAGAACCUUCUACAACGAAUAAGGUUCUUCAACAGGAGGCGGAUUCGACAAACGGUGGUCCGGAAAUGGAAAACAACAGAGCAUCGUCUGCUUCAUCAGCGACACCAGAAGAUACUCAGAUGCCGAGCACAUCGCAAUACUUCUGCUCCAUCCCAAAGAAAACACCAUUCCGGAAAGAGUUUGAUUCUCCGCUGCAUAACUACAUUUACCGGACAUCAAGGCAUUCUCCACUUUAUCGGAAAAAGCUGGCAGAACAAGCUCAGAGAAUGGCCGUGAAAAAUGGAACAUUUGUUAACGAUUCUGGAGUUAUUGAGCUUCUUUCUCAUCUAUUGGAUAUUAAUGUGGCUUAUGAGAAUCUGGUGACAAAGAACGAGAAAUUGGAAAUUAUUGGAACGUUUUGCGAGAAAAACAAAGGAAGCUUCAAGGUGGACGAGCUGAGUAGACGAAAAGAAGAGUUAGCUGUGAUGAUGGAAGAAGAAGAACCACAGACAAUUGAGAUUAGAGAAUUGCUCGUGUCACUCAGUGAAAAAGCACAGGAUGUUCAAUCAAAUGAUUUCACAAUCUCUGCAUCCAGCGCCUUCACAGUAAUCAGCACAAGUGGUGUUCUCUGUCCAACAGCAAGUCUUGCGAACGAAAGUGAAGAUAGUUAUAUACAACAUCUCAAAUCCAUCAAUAUUUCAAGUGAAAAGUCGAGGAAAAUUGCAGACGAACUGAAAACUGUUCGAAAUUCGGAAGUAGCUCCAAUUGAGAAUAAGCCGCUCAGUCCGGAGAUGAUGGUAGUUUUGCACCGUCUUGUAAAAGCAAAGGAGCAUAAUAACAAAGUAGCUCACGUGUAUACAGGGAAUUAUGCGAGCACUGUUUCAAGAGUCAUGGAAAUGGUUCCGAUAACAUCUCAAGUUGCGGUGAUAACUACAGCAGGAACGCCGAAGCAUACAUCAAAAGGAUCAGCUGAAACUGCGCCUAUGGAAGUUGAUGAUGAGAGGCAUUCUGCUAGCAGUGGAUCAACUGAAAACAACUAUCGAAGAAGAACUGAUUCGGAAGAAAGUGAAAUCUUGGACGUUGUUGGAACAGAUGAGCCUGAUAAGGACGAGAAGGGAGGAACUGAAACCGAGACUCCAACGCCAUCCCCAGAAGAUCAUGGACGGCAAACUCAAAAUAAGAUUGACAAGAAUGUCCGGAUGAGUUCUACACCCAGAAUUGACGCCCAAUCAACACCAUCAGCAGUUGUUUCUGCACUUCCCACUCCAAUGAAUUCACCGUUGCCUAGAGUAACUUCUUCAAAAUCUGCGCAAGAUGUGUCGACGCCUUCUACAACACCCAAUCCGGUAUCGCGAUCGCCAGACCCUGUGGCUCUCGUUAAGGAUUCGGUAUCUUCAGAAUCAACUGUUUCUGGCAUUGUUUCUUUGGAAAAAAUAGGAUCACCUGCAGCACAAUCUGUGGCUUCUGUCCUUCCAUCUGUUUCAAACACAACAUCCUCCACAUCUGCAUCUCUGACAACGUCUUCGGUAGCAGAGGAAGAAGAGACUUCUAGCAAAGAAAAUACAGAUCAGAAACGAGCUGUUGAUGAUUCAUCAGACGAAUCAGCUCGUCUUGUUAAACAAAUCAAGGCGCUUUCGGCAACUCCAUCAUCCACACCUGCAGAAUCUUCGAAGAGGAAACAAAAAGAUACAUCUUCCCGAAAAAUGAAACAACUUGAUGAAUCAUCUGCUGAUUCUGAUUCCGAAGAUGAUGGAAGAUCGGGCGAUAAGUCUACAAAACGAAGAGAUAAAGCAAGAAGAUCAACCCGAAUUGGAAAAUCAACACCUGCAAAGAAAGUUGGAAAGAAAGAAAAAGUUGUUGAAGAUGAAGAUGAGACUGAUGAUGUUCAAGAAGAAGAGAAGGUCACUCCACGAGGAGGCCGUAGAAAAAACAUGAAAAGAACAGCCAGUCAAUCAGCGAUCAAGGAAAGAAAGACAAAAGACAAGGACGUAGAGCCAGAAGAAGCACCGAAGAAGAAACGAGGAAGGAAGAAGGCGACACCUACCGAAGAAGAAGAACCACCAAAAACGGAGCCAAGCAAGGAAAGAUGUGGUGUAGCAAAAGGACAUUGUAUAUCUGCCAAAUACGAAAAGAGAAAAAACUUACAAUGGGUUUCCUGCUCCAUCUGUAAUCAAUGGUUCCACGUGUGGUGUGUUCGUCUUGACAACGUUUGUUAUCGAGAAGACGAGACCUUCCUGUGCUGUGGAUCACAUCCAUCAAAAGAAGCCAAAGACGCGUUAGCCGGUCGAGUUUAUGCGAGGUAUCAAGCAAUGCCGAAUAAAAAGCCAAUCCCACAGGCUUCUGAAGCUUGAAAUUUUUCAUCAUUUGCAACAACAUCUUACCAUUCAUUUUAUCAUAAUUUCGCCCCAGGAAUAAUUAGUGACAUCGAGGUAGCAUUUCAUUUAUUAAAUAUUCUUUCUAAUCAAUCAUUUAUAAUCCCCCUAUUUCUGUAUUUUAAGAUCUUAUGUGGAAAACGAAAUUAAUUUUUCAAUUUCCAUACAGUUAGAGUAUUUCCCCUCCAAAAAAACACGUUUCGUCUGUCUCUUUUGAUUAUUUCGCGGGUUAAAAAACUCUUAUUUAUGGCCAUUCGGUUGAUUUUCCUCUUUUUUGCCUAGGCGAUUUCUUUCCUGUUUGUUUUUUUACUUUUCUUGUUUUUAUUUUUCCUCUUUUCCCCACCCAAAAACUAACAAAAAAACCCGAGUUGUGAAUUGUGUGAUCUCUGGAGAUUCCGCACAAUUUUAGGAUAAUCUAGCCGGCGAGAUUCCCCCAUCAUCCCAACAUCAUCAUCUUUUACCAUCCCAAUGAGUAGUGUCGUUUUGUUUUCGGUUUAUCUUUUUUUUUUACAAGUUUAAUUCUAAUAUACUCAACCGAUUAGCCUAGGAUAAUGCAGCCAACUGACUUAAAUUUCUCACUUUUCCCUCUCAAUAACUCGAUAUUCUUUAUCGAAAUUUGCCUUUUUUCUGUUCAGAUUUCACAUCAAAAAGAAUGGUGUCCCCCGAAUCUUUGAUAUUUUGCUAAAAUUUGUAUUUUUCAUUACUGUUCGGUGUUCACGAAUAAAGUUUGAUAAAGUUUG